CCAAAUGCACCAGUUCAAAAACCACAGAUUUACUCACAGCAAACCUCUCAAUUGCCAUCUAUAGUUGUACCCGUAACUCAACAGCCCAUCAGACAAUUACCUAAAUAUCAAUAUCAGUUACCGGCAGCCACAUAUAAGCCACUCGCUUAUUAUAAUUUGCAACAAUAUCACGCCCCAACUUAUCAAAAAAUCGAUGGAACAAAGCCAAUAGCCCUAGAAAGCCAAACAAGCUGUGCAGAAAAAAGUAAUAAUCAAGCGCACCUCCAACCACAACAGCAAGUUGUUGAAGAACAAUAUGAGCAGUCGCCUCCGAGUGAAUACCCAGCGGCGAUGCUAGUAAAUUUAGGCACGGCGCAGGGUCCAAAAUCAGAAGCGUUAGUGCAACAAGGUCCACAUCUUGCCCCUAUACACGUCUAUCAAGCCCCGAAUGGCCAGUACAAAAUUGCACCUCAGCUAUAUGGCGGCCCACAAUUAUUCAAACAAAAUCCUCAGCAAAUUGUACCAGCAGUAAGAUUCCAUUAUUUGGAACAUCCUAAAAAAUCUAAACCAGUACAAGUUGUACUGAGAAAGAAAAAUAAUGAAGAUGAGGAAGAGGAAGUUGUUCCAGAGAAAAAAUCUUCUAAGAAGAAAUACGAGGAAGUAGAAGAAGUUGAUGAUAGCAAAAAGCACCAUUCCGAUGAUGACGACGAUGAUGAUUCUAAAAGCAGCUACGAAAAAAACUGAUAAUCGGGGAAGAUCAAGCGAUGACAGUUUUAAACCUUCCAAACAUUACCCUUACGACGAGGACAGAAAAUAUUCCAGAAAGCAUCACAGUAAAUCCAGUAGCGGCGAAUUUACAAAACAUUACGGUGAUGACGAUGAUGAAGUAAU